UGGCUAGAAAACCCCUGGCUGGCCUGGCUCCAGUUCAGUAAUGCCUAUCAGUGAUCACACCACUGCAUCCCAAUCAUUCUCGGUAAAAUUUUGAUAAGAUUUAUAACCAGUCGCGUAUAAGCGUUGAUUGCACUGGCUGUACAGUUCAGACGAUAGUCCAUUCACAAUUAAUGUAACAUGUUGAAAACCGCAGCGUUACUUCUACUUUUGGCUAGUGGAAUAUCCAUCUACUGGAGUACUCCAAGCGAGUUGACAAUACCUAAUUUACCGGAAACAAACUGGGGAUUGAGGAAGAGUGGAAAACAGUCUACAGAAAUACGACCUUUCAAAAUCGAUGUACCGACAUCGGUUGUCGACGAUUUGAAAUAUCGUCUUGCAAAGAGAAGACAGUAUGUAAAUCCAUUGGAAGAUGCAGCGUGGACUUAUGGUAUUUCCACCAAGUACCUUGAUACAGUACUUGAUUACUGGAAAGAUAAAUAUAAUUGGGCAGAAAGACAAGCAUUAUUGAAUAAAUAUCCCCAGUUUAAAACAAACAUUCAAGGCCUGGAUAUUCAUUUUUAUCACGUUAAACCGACAAAUCUUCCAAAAGACAAAAACAUUAAAGUUCUACCUUUAUUGAUGCUGCAUGGGUGGCCUGGGUCAAUUGUUGAAUUUCAGAAAAUAAUACCCAUGUUGACAAAACCUUCUGCCAAUCACGAUUUUGUAUUUGAACUGAUUGCACCGUCGCUUCCUGGAUAUGGGUUCUCUGAAGGAGCUGUUCGGCCAGGGAUGGGAUCUGCACAGAUUGCAGUUAUCUUUAAAAACCUGAUGCAGAGACUUGGAUUCGAAAAGUUUUACGUACAAGGGGGAGAUUGGGGAGCCCUUAUUGCCUCUAACAUGGCCGCCCUUCAUCCAGAAAAGGUGAUUGGUUUACAUUCCAACAUGUGUUCUUCACUUCCGCCAAGCAACUGGUUUAUGUAUCUAGUCGGUUCCUAUUUCCCGUCGCUAGUAAUCGAAAAUGAACACUACUCAAAAUUCUAUCCUAUCAGUGACAUUUUACGAAGGCUAGUCGAGGAAAGUGGAUAUUUUCAUAUACAAGCCACUAAACCAGACACAUUAGGUGCUGCUGUAUCUAGUUCGCCGGAUGGUCUGGCAGCAUACAUUUUAGAAAAGUUCAGCACUUGGACAAAUGUAGCAUACAAAGAUCGAGACGAUGGCGGAUUAUUGGACAAAUUUACGUUGGACGAACUUCUAGAUAACGUAAUGGUAUAUUGGGUAACCAAUAGUAUUACCACAAGUGUUCGUCUUUAUGCUGAGAAUUUCAGUGCAGCAUACAGAGCUUUAAAAGUUGAAGAAUUACCUAUUCACGUACCUUCUGCUUGUGCAAACUUCCCUCAUGAACUAAUAACUCAGCCCAAAUUUGUUCUUAAAUCUAGAUAUCCUAAUAUGAUUCAGUAUAAUUACAUAGCACGCGGAGGACACUUCGCAGCUUUCGAGGAGCCUCGACUUUUAUCCGACGAUGUGUUCAGUUUUGUGAAAAAGACGGAAGAAAUGAUACAAGCGGAACAGCCGAAUAAAUAAUUAUGAUUUAGAGAAGUUUUAGCAUUAGGUUGCAAAACUGUUGAUAUAUUUUUUUAAAACGCUUUAAUAAAUUGUAAUAUGUUUCAUAUUAAAUACGAACAAAACUCUACAUUGCUCAUAAUUGUUAUCAUAUACAAUAUAA